AUGUGGAAAUCUGCUCUUCGCCCCUUCACUAAGCUCAACGUAUUUGCUCGUCGACAGUAUUCCGAAACUGGAUUUCAAGACAUACUACUCUCGCAUAGCAUACAUAAAUCUAAUGAGUCCUCACUAAUACGAUGUACAAUCUUCGAUGGUAGCGGGAAUAUGGUGGCCCAUGGGAAGGAUUUCACUAAGAUAGAAUUCAUGAAAUUGCACGAUUUGAUUCCCAGAGACUUCCGUAAGUUAAACAAACAUAAAUCAUUUAACUCAUCCAAUGAUAAUUCAACCGAUAUAGUGCCCUCGAUUCUAACAAGAUCAAAUUCAGUUCUCUUGAAUUUAUCUAACGUAAGAGCACUCAUAAAGAUGGAUAAGGUCAUCCUUUUCGAUGCAGGUCCACUGAAUGGCUUCACAGGACCAGGAUUGCUGGUUGCCAACUACUCUCAAUCUCAUUCAAUAGGACUAUUCUUGAAAGAUUUGGAAAAGAGGCUAAAGGAAGUUUCUGAUCAUGAACAUUUACCUUACGAGUUCCGAGCCCUUGAGGCUAUAUUGAUUCAUGUAAUGUCAAAUCUACAUACUGAAAUGAAAGUACAUCAGACUGUGCUUCAAAAUAUUAUCAAUGGAUUGGAGACUUCCAUUGACAGGCAAAAGUUAAGAUACUUGCUAAUUCAAUCGAAGAAGAUUGCUCAGUUCCAUCAGAAAGCAAAAUUGAUUCGUGACUUAUUGGAUGAUCUUUUAGAGCAAGAUGAUGAGUUAAAUGAAUUGUACCUCACCGCCAAGGCCCAGGGUGUUCCAAGGCAAGGUACAAACCAUGCAGAAGUAGAAAUGCUUAUUGAAUCAUAUUAUAAAACAUCAGACGAGAUUGUACAAACAGCCGAAAACUUGAUCUCUCAGAUCAAAACCUCGGAAGAAAUCAUCAGCAUCGUUCUAGAUUCUAAUAGAAACGAGCUAAUGCUACUUGGGUUGAAGUUUUCUGUUGGGUUGCUUUCCAUUGGGACAGCACUCUGGAUUGCUUCGUUGUACGGAAUGAACUUGGAAAACUUUAUAGAAGAGAAAGAUGGAGGGAUGGAAGCUGUUGUUACUAUCAGUAUGGUGAUAUUUUUCUUGUUUUUACUUGUGAGUGUUAAGAAGCUAUCAAAAUUACAGAAAGUGACAAUGACUGGGGUCAGAGAGGAAAGAGGUCAUAAAUAG